UCUCAGCUUGGACGGUGUGAAGGCCACGCGUAGAAGGGGGGAUAUAUAAUCAAGACAAAUCCCAUUCUGGUUCUUUCUCUCGAACCUCUAUUCCGAAUGAGUAUUUGAAUCGCCCCUUUUCUACUGAAGAACCACCACAUCACGCCAGGUGCAGUGCAGAGAGAGUCUAUCUGCAAGCGGACAACUGCAAUCUAUACUUAGCACACGUUACCUACGGCACCUACCCCGCGACCCCACCACCACCACCCGCCCGAAACACCCUUGUGGACAACGACAGCUCUCCCUUUCCUCUCCUUGCGACUGCGACACACAACUCUCUCCCUCCACGAACCCUACCAACCACCCAAAUCCACCAACACACCCACACAUCACACCAACACACAAUCCGCAAUGGCCUCAACACACACCUACAAGUUCAACGUCAGCAUGAGCUGCUCCGGCUGCUCCGGCGCCAUCGACAGGGUGCUCAAGAAGCUCGACGGCGUCGAGUCGUACGAGGUCUCCCUCGAGAACCAGACCGCCACCGUCGUCGCCAAGGACGACCUGCCCUACGAGAAGGUGCUGCAGACCAUCGCCAAGACGGGCAAGAAGGUCAACACGGGCGAGGCCGACGGCGUCUCGCAGAGCGUCGAGGUCGCCGCCGCCGCCUAGGGGGGUUUUGUCUUGUUUUGACGGGCCUGGAUGGCGCCGCAGGAAGGAGAGGGAGGAUGGAAUGGGUGGGCGUCUCGUCUGGCAACCAACCACAGACUGGACUGCCGUUGUCAAGACGUGGGUUGGGUUUGGAUGACCCGGGGCAAAUGAUAGGGUCUCGAGGGGGUUUAGGCCCAUGGGAGCGGAUAGAAAAGAGCUUGAUAAUACCGAUACCUGGUUAACCUUCCU